AUGUCUGAGACCAUUGGGAUUUGGCACAAAGCAUGUUGUAUUUCAAAACGAUUAGAUGGGAAGUUAGCCAUUGUUACUGGAUCAAACACUGGUAUCGGGUUAGUGACAGCUAGUGAAUUAGCUCGUCGUGGUGCUCGAGUCAUCAUGGCAUGUAGAAAUCUACGAAAGGCUGAGGAUGCCAAAAGACGUCUAUUGGAGAAAUAUGGUGCGAAUAAUCCACAGAGUGUGAACAUAGAUGUAGCGUGUGAACAAGUGAUUUCAUCAUUGAAUCCAAUCAACUGUGAUCAACUAAUCAUUGAACAACUUGAUUUAGCUUCUCUACAAUCAAUCAGAGAAUUCGUCAGACGAAUCACAAUCAAAUAUUCAGAACUUCAUUUUCUCAUUAACAACGCAGGUCUCGCAGUUAGUAAACAGAAAGAAACUGUUGAUGGUUUUGAAAUGACAAUGGGUGUUAAUUACUUUGGACAUUUUCUCCUAACAGAAUUAUUAUUACCUUUGAUAAAACGUUCAACUCCAUCUAGAAUCAUCAUUCUCUCAUCAGCGUCACACUACAAAGGACGUUUAAUUAAACCAGAUUUGCAAGUUCAACCAAAGGAAUAUAAUGAAGCAAAAGUUUAUUGUUCAUCAAAGUUAGCCAAUGUAAUGCAUGCUGUUGAAUUAAGUGAGCGAUUGAAGGACAGUGGAAUCACUGUUGUUAGUGUCCAUCCUGGUACUGUAAAGACUGAAAUUUUACGAGACGUGGAAAGUAUUGUGCUAAAAUGUAUCAUUGCAGUGAAUAGGCCAAGAGUAAUUAGUCCAUGGAAAGGAGUACAGACUACAUUGUACACAGUAUUGUCAGACAACUUAAUCUCUGGUGGUUACUAUUCAAAUUGUGCAUUGAAAGAACCGUCAAGAAUAGUCAAAAAUAAGGAAGAAAUAAUAUGGUUACGGAAUAGAACACGUAAACUCCUUGGAAUAGAUAAAUUAGUGACUGCUAGUGAUUAA